GGGUCCUGGCGAGGUGGGCGGGCGCGCGCGCGCGCAGGUUCGGGCCCCAGCGCUGGGGCGCGCGGGGAGCCACCUGUUGACACACCCGCGGGCAAUCCAGGCGGUCAAUGAUUAACCCGCGGAGCAGCCGGCACCAGGAAACCUGAGCCGCCCGAGAAAGCCGAGCCGGGCCCGACGGCGGCGGGAGGCGCGGGGCGCGGGAGGCGCGCAGCCCGGCUGGUCUCGCCAUGGACGCAGGAGCAGACGUGAAAGGGGGCAGCAGCCCUGCAGCCUCUGAGGACCCCCAGAGCUCCCCUCGGCCCGAGCUCCCGCAGCUCCCAUGCCGCCCACAGCUCCUGGAUGAGGACGGAGGGCCCAGCAAGGAAGCGGCCACGGAUGGAGGCAGCGCCCCAGCACCAGGGGAAGCCCCAGCCAACCCCCCAGCUGACCCCCCGGCUGAGGCCUCCUUGGGGCCCCCGGCUCAGGCUCAGGCCACGGGCGAGGCCCAACAGGCACCCAAGGCGACGGCUGGUGGGGUCCCCAACAUCGGCUUUGUGGGCGAGCCUCCACCCUACGCACCACCUGACCCCAAAGCAGAGCACCUGCUCUACCCGCCCUUCCCGCAGCCCGUGCUCUUCCCGCCAGUGUCUGCGCCCCCGGCCCUGUACCCGCCGCCGCCCUCGCCGCUCUUCCCUGCGCCUGCAGUGCAGCCUCUCUUCACGCCCUUUCCCGUGUACAACAGCCCCGUGGCCGGUGUGCCAGCCCCUGCCACGGCCGAGCCCAGGCCCCUGCCCAAGGACUACAUGAUGGAGUCCGUGCUGGUGACCCUCUUCUGCUGCCUGCUCACCGGGCUCCUCGCCAUUGUCUACUCCCAUGAGAGCCGCGCGGCCCUGGGCAGGGGGGACCUGGCCCACGCUGAGGAGGCCUCUCGCAAGGCCCGCUCGCUCGUGCUCUUCAGCCUGCUCUUUGGCGUCUUCGUGUCCACGAGCUGGGUCAUCUACGUGGUGGUAGCGCUCUACCUCCCCUGAAGGCUGGUGGCCCCUCCGGGGACGCCCGGAUGCCCAGGCACUCCCGGCCUGGCUGGACUCUCUCUGCGGACCUCUCUCCCUGCCAGUGGACAUCUGUCCCCUGGCUGGGGCCCAGGUAGGGGCCAAAGGAAGGUGGGCUUUGCAGCCCUCGGCACACCCGCAGCUGGGCCUCUGCCCCUGCAGGUGACCUCAGGCAGGUGGCCCCUGCAGGUGGCCCCCAGCCCUGGCCUUCACCUUAUCCCUGAGAGACCAGCACCCUUGCUGUCCUCAGAAUCGUCUGGAAGGACACAGCAACCCCCAGGCUCCAUACCCUGGCCUAGCUCUGUGUUCGCAGGACAGAGCCGCUGGUCUUGGGGGGUUAAGGAAAGUGGCCUCUUCUCAUUUGGUGGCUCCUGCCUGGUCCUUCUGUGCCCCAGCCCCAUCCAGGAGGCAGGCUCUCUCCAGCUGACUCCACUUCCAGAAACCAAGGCCCUAAUGUCUGGUCAGUAAACGAACAGUGCCCUGGGCAGAGCUUCUCAUUGCUGCUUCGGGGCCACUGCUGGUCCUGGCGCAGUUGAGGGUGAGCUGGAAAAGCGCCUGUCCACACCGGGGCUCUGGGGCUCCCAUGCCGCCCCUUGGAGAUGCUGGUUUAGCGCCAUGUCCGGCUUGGGGAGCGCCCAUGGCAGGUGGAGGUGCUGGGUACUGACGGCGGGGAUUUCUGUUGGGUCUUUCGUGGCCAAAGGUGAUGGGCGAGCAGGGACGUCCACCUGCUGGAGGCGGGGAUGGGGCCCCUGGCUGAGCCGUAAAAGACUGGCAGCCCAAGUUACACCAGGUGCUUUCUGAGCACCUGCUCUGUGCUGGUCCCGGCCCUGGUGCCAGCACUGGGAGCUGCAGCUCCAUCUCAGCUCUGGAAGUGCUCCAGGAGCUGGAGAGAUGUGGCUGAGGAAGUAAGUGAGCAGGGACAAUGCUUGGGGCAUGAGAGGUGGCCUUCUGGUCUGGGACAUGGGGCUGGUUCAGAAUUCGGAUAUCAAGUCCUAAAGUGGGAGUUCCCCUUGUGUCUCGGGUUGAGAACCUGACAUACUUUCCAUGAGGA